CCUCACCGAAUCGGGAGCUUCAGAACAAAAAACACGACCAUCAAAACCACAACCCUGCAAAACAAUACAUCUAAACUCUAGAAAAUUCAUUCGAUACUUUAGCUCCGCAUUCUAAAGCUCAUACCACCUCCAACAUGGCAGGCGCAUCCAGAAAAGAGCUCUUGGGCAAGGUCUACAAGAUGAUUCCUCCCAUGCUCGAGAGCUUCCACAAAGGUCAAUUAGGUCGCGUAGCAGUUAUUGGCGGCAGUGAAGACUACACCGGGGCGCCCUACUUCUCCGCAAUGGCAUCUGCUAAGCUAGGUUGCGACAUGUCCCACGUAAUAUGCGAGCCCGGCGCUGGCGCCGUCAUCAAGACCUACUCCCCUAACCUUAUGGUCCACCCCUACAUGCGGCAGUCCAAGAACCUCGCCUCCUCUGAGUCCAUCGACAGCGUCUCCUCCGAAGUCGUCGGCAUGCUCUCACGGCUCCACGUCGUCGUCAUCGGACCCGGUCUCGGCCGCGACAAGCUUAUGCAGGAUACAUGCGCGAAGGUCAUUCAAGAGGCACGGAAGCGGGGAAUACCAUUUGUGCUUGAUGCGGACGGUUUGUAUCUCGCACAGACACAGCCAGAGCUAGUGCAGGGCUACACAGAGUGUAUACUCACGCCCAACGUUGUAGAGUUCGGUCGCCUGGCGAAGGCAAAAGGCUUGAAAGUUGAUGAGCUGGACCCGACUGAGCAGUGCUCGAAAUUAGCGAAGGCAUUUGGCGGCGUUACGAUCAUCCAGAAGGGCGCGAAGGACUACAUUUCGAACGGGACACAGACGCUGGUGUCUGAGGGUGAGGGUGGCCUGAAGCGCUCUGGUGGACAGGGUGACACGUUGACGGGCAGCUUGGCGACGCUGUUGGCGUACAGGAAGGCGUACCUCGACAAGAUCUGGGAGCAUGACGGCAGUCUGGAUGCGGCUGAGACGCUCGCAUUGGCGGCGUAUGGAGGCUCAGCCAUCACAAGGGAGUGCUCGAGAUUGGCCUUCGCGGAGAAAGGCAGGAGUCUACAAGCUGGCGACUUGACCGAGCAUGUACACCAGGCGUUCUUGAACACUGUGGGGGAGAAGGAGAGCAAGUAGGUGCUCUUGCAUUUUCUCAGUGGGCUGGAAGGCCUAAUACGUAAUAUAGCAUGUACACAUUAGAACACGACAGCAUCACGAAAUCCAGAUUAUGAUUGACU